CAAUGGACAUGUCGACCACCCAACAACAGCGGGUUUGACUGACCACAACAUGAACCUGCUUACAAAGUUCUGGGUUUCCUGUCACUCCCUUGUCAUAUCAGAAUAUGACAGAAUGAAAGGGGGAAGAGAGGAACUAACCAGGCUGAAGUGUUGCAGCUCAGAGCAUUUCCUGUUCUUUAGUGAGGGCGGGGGGGGGGGGGGGAAUAACCCAGAGCAGCAAAGUGAAUCCGUCCGAAUGAAGAUGACAGUUAUAGCAUGUUAGUACUUGAUAACUAAACAGGCAUCUUUUAAUUUGUGCUUCAGCAACAGCAGAGCUGAGCUUCUCAGAGCUCAUCCAGACCUGCCACGGAAACGGCAAGGCAAGAAAAAAAUCUCUCUGAUAUAUAUACUAAGUUGUGCACCGUUGGGACUUAUGCAGUGAACAUGCUUUCUAGAUUUUGUCAGUCGCAUAUCCAUCGCCGCCCUCAUCCUGAGAGUUAUGAAGAAAAAUAUGAGCGCCUGCAGGAGAGGCAUGAAGUCCAGCUUAAAAGGAAAAGCUGGACCUCAUCCCAUCUUAAGGAUAAACACCAAAGGAAAGGGACCAAUAUGCAACUCCAAAACCCACGACAAAAAGAAUUUCUCAGAAGGAGGAAUGUAAGAAUUGAAGAGCUUGGAAUGACAGAAGUGCCUCCACUUUCUGACACAAAAACGUCUUUGAUUACUGAGGAGUCUUGGAGUAAUCAGAUCACCCAACUUCAUCACAAGGCUAUUCAGUGCGACCUCAGUGAUAUUUUUGUAGAUAGCAAAUUGGACUCUUCUGAAAACAAGCUCGCUGUGGAAGUUUCUAGAAACUCUAGAGGAACACAAACCACUGUGGAAUCCAGUGCAGUAAAGAAAAACUCAAGCCAACAGACAGACUGUGAAAAAACAGUUGUUGAUAAGGAAGUGACUCAGCUUUCUAUCUACAUUGAGGAGGCACUAUAUCGAGAGCUACUGCUGAAACGGAAAAUGGUGAAUUUACAGGGGCUUCUAUCCAACUUAUAUCAAGUAGCAGAAAAAUCUUGGAAGGAUUACUUAAACGAAGACAAACUCAAAGACAGAGUGGAUAAUUUGACAAAUCAGCUUCUGAUUUGCUCUCAGAAGUACUCAGAACGGAACUUACAAAGAGUUAUUCUGGAUCUAGAAGAUCAAAAGCAGAACUAUCAGCAGAAAAUGAAAGAGUCUCUUCAGAAGUUGCUUCAAGAGAAACUGCAAUUAGAAAGACAACUUGAGAAUGUCCAGAGAAACUUAGCUAUUGUACAGGAAGAGUGUACCCUCUGGAAAGAACAGUGCAACAUAUUAAAACAAGACUGGAGCCAGCAGCCUGGCAAGCAUGCCGAACAAGAAAACAAGCUUUACAUCUUGGAAAACAAACUUCAGACAGACUGCAAACUCAAGAAAAAGAGAGUGCAACAAUUAAAUAUUUGCAUGAUGUGAUGCACAAUCAAUCCAAGGAAAUUAGAAUUCAACAAAAUGAACUGUAAAAGACAGGUCAGUUAGACUGCUGGCAGGAUUUUUAGCCAACCGGGAUGUUAUAAUUGGUGUCCUAUGGAUCACUGAAAAUAGUACAGAUAGAAACAGAAAAUAAGAAAGGAAGAAUAACUAGUACAGUAGAGUCUCACUUAUCCAACACUCACUUAUCCAAGGUUCUGGAUUAUCCAACGCAUUUUUGUAGUCGUGAUAUUUUGGUACUAAAUUCAUAAAUACAGUAAUUACUACAUAGCAUUACUGCGUAUUGAACUACUUUUUCUGUCAAAUUUGUUGUAUAACAUGAUGUUUUGGUGCUUAAUUUGUGAAAUCAUAACCUAAUUUGAUGUUUUUUUUUGUUUUUUUUUAAAAUAGUUUUUAUUAAUUUUGACAAAACAAAACACAUUGGGGAUGGGGGGAAAGGAGAAACAAAGGGAAAGGAGGGAGGAAGGGGAGGUGGAAAGUGAGGGAAGGAAAGAGAAGGUUUUGACUUUGAUAAGGGAGGGGUAUGUAGAUAGGACUAAUGGGGAGGAAGGAAGGGGAAGGGAAGGGAGAAGGGAGUUUGGGUGAAUCUAAGGUAUGAUAGGUACGGGUCAGUUAGAGGGGAGAAUAGGGGGUGUGUGGCGACUUCCUGUCUUAAUGCUUCUCUCUUCCUACUCUUCUGUCGUUUUUGCCUUCACUUGUUUACAGUCUCUUUAUUUCUUUAAAUAAUCCUCCAAACAGGACCAGUCCGUCUCUUUUGUUUUUCUGCCAUCCUUCUUCUUUAAUAAGAAGGUUAACUUGUCCAUAUCUUUUAUAUCAGUCACUUUGUCAUAACCUAAUUUGAUGUUUAAUAGGCUUUUCCUUAAUCCCUCCUUAUUAUCCAACAUAUUUGCUUAUCCAACAUUCAGCCGGCCCGUUUACGUUGGAUAAGUGAGACUCUACUGUACAUGCAAGUGUCCUUAUGAUCGGCUUUGCUUUGUUCCGUUUACAGAUGUGAUGAACAAUCUGUCUAAGGAAAUUAAAAUUCAGCAAGAUGAACUACAAAAAAAACCCCCAAAAAAACAGGUCAGCUAAAUUGGUAGAGGACCUCUAGCCAACUGGGAUGUGGUAAUUGGUAUCCUAUGGAUCAUUCUUCACAAGCCGGGUCUGAACAUACACACCAGCUUUCGAUGUGCUCUGAUGUAAGAGCCAUAAUCAUGUAAUAUGUACCUAUAUGAGAAGUUUCCAUACACCAGCUUUAAAUGUGUUCUUGGUAUAAAGCUGUGUCUAUUAGAGUAUACAAUAAAUGUUAUUUGCCUGCA